AUGUAUAGAUAUCUUGUUCUUCUUGCAUAUUCUGCAGAAUCUUCAUCCAAUCCGCUCGUCCUGCGUGGUGCCGCCCCGACCGGCUGUAUGCGCCGAAUCUUCAGGAUUCUGAACUUUGCUGCUGAACUUUACGUCCCUCAAUACGCCAAUCAGCAAGUUCAGGCGAAGCGCCGUUCCCUGCAGUCACUAUCCCGGUCGCACGAGGUUGGCCAAUCACGCCCGACAACGGCUAAGCGCCCGCCCCAAAAAUAG